CACAUGCGGCCACCAUGAAGAUCACAGAGCUGGUCAUAGAUGGCUACAAGUCGUAUGCUGUCCGAACAGUCAUCUCCGGCUGGGACGACAGCUUCAAUUCCAUCACCGGUCUAAACGGAUCUGGAAAGUCCAACAUUCUCGACGCAAUAUGUUUCGUCCUCGGUAUCACAAACUUGGGCGUCGUACGAGCGCAGAACUUGCAGGACCUUAUCUACAAGCGCGGUCAAGCAGGCGUCACGAAAGCCAGCGUAACUAUCACAUUCGACAAUCGCGACAAGAAGAACAGCCCCGUGGGUUUCGAAGACUUUGCCUCGAUCGCCGUAACGAGAACGAUUGUGCUCGGUGGAGCCAGCAAGUACCUUAUCAACGGUAACCGCGCGCAACAAAACACCGUUCAGAAUCUGUUCCAGUCCGUGCAGCUGAACAUCAACAACCCGAACUUCCUCAUUAUGCAGGGACGAGUCACGAAGGUGCUGAAUAUGAAGCCGGUCGAGAUCCUGGCAAUGCUGGAGGAGGCAGCAGGAACACGCAUGUUCGAGGACAGGCGAGACAAGGCAUACAAGACCAUGGCGAAGAAGGAGGGCAAGGUCCAAGAGAUCGCAGAACUGUUGCGCGACGAGAUCGAUCCUAAGCUCGAAAAGCUGCGACAGGAAAAGCGCGCAUUUCUCGACUUUCAGCAGACUCAGAGCGAACUCGAAAAGCUCACCAAACUCGUUAUCGCAUACGACUACACGUGGCUACAAGAGAGGCUGCAACAGUCCGGCGAUGAUCUGGAGGCGAAGAAGCAGCGGACAAAGGACCUCGAAGAGUCGGCCGUGCGCAUGAAGAAGGAGAUCGAAUUCCUUCAGGAAGACAUCAGGAAGGUCAAGGCUACAAGAGAGAAGGAGCUGCGCAAGGGCGGCAAGUUCCAGGCGCUGGAAGAGGAGGUCAAAGCGAACUCACACGAGGUCGUGCGAUUAGACACGUCCCUCGAUCUGAAGAGGACAAGCAUGGCCGAGGAGAUUGACCGGAAGAAGAGCAUCGAGAGGAGCGUCAAAGAUCUGGAAAAGCAACUACAGGAGAAGAAGAAAGUGCACGAGAAGCUCCAGGAGAAGUACCAGACUGCGCGUGACGAGCUGGUAAAGCAGACCGAAGAGGUGGAGAACAAGGAAGAGCUGCUGCAAACGCUACAGACGGGUGUUGCUUCGAAAGAGGGCCAGGAGAGCGGCUACCAAGGACAACUGCAAGAAGCCAGGAAUCGUGCCAGCGCCGCAGCGACAGAGCAGGAGCAGGCCAAGCUCAAGAUCUCCCACCUUGAGAAGCAAAUCAAGGAAGACGAGCCGAAAGCAAAGAAGGCUAAGCAGCAGAACUCUGGACUCCUCAAUGACCUUGAGGCGCUGAAGUCGCAGGCUCAAAGGCUUGAGGCUGACCUCACGAAGAUGGGUUUUGACGAGGGCAAAGAGUCAGACAUGUAUCAACAAGAGUCGCAUCUGCAAGCCCGCAUUCGUGAGCUCAAGCAACAGGCGGAUGAGUUGAGGCGCAGAGUCUCGAAUAUCGACUUCAGUUACAGUGACCCGUCUCUCAACUUCGACCGAUCCAAAGUCAAGGGUCUGGUAGCUCAGCUCUUUACGUUGAAGAAAGAGCACACCGAGGCCGGGACUGCUCUGGAGGUCGCCGCUGGAGGUCGCUUGUACAACGUUGUCGUUGAUUCGGCCGCCACUGGCAAACAAUUGCUGGAGAACGGCAGGCUGAAGAAGCGAGUCACCAUCAUCCCCCUUAACAAAAUCGCAGCUUUCCGGGCAUCUGCACAGAAGAUUGGUGCAGCACAAAAGAUUGCACCUGGGAAAGUGGACCUUGCAUUGUCGCUCGUAGGGUACGAUGAUGAGGUCAACGCUGCCAUGGAGUACGUGUUCGGUUCGACACUUGUCUGUGAGGACGCAGAAACCGCUAAGCGUGUCACCUUCGAUCCGGCAGUACACAUGCGAAGCGUCACCUUCCAGGGCGAUACCUACGAUCCUGCGGGUACCCUGUCUGGUGGUAGCGCACCGCAGUCGAGCGGUGUUCUGGUCACCAUGCAGAAGCUCAACGAGAUCACAACCAAACUUCGAUCGCAGGAGCAGCAGCUUCGUCAACUCCAGGAUACCAUGGUCCGGGAGAAGAAGAGGCUAGAUGCCGCGCGCAAGACCAAGCAGGAACUGGAUCUCAAGAAGCACGAAAUCAAGCUUACAGAGGAGCAAAUCAGCGGCAACUCUUCGUCGUCUAUCAUUCAAGCUAUUGAGGAGAUGAAGCAGAGUGUCGCCCAGCUGAAAGAAGAUGUCAAGGCUGCCAAAGCACGACAAGAUGAUGCGAAGGCGGACAUCAAGCGCAUCGAGCGAGAUAUGAGCGAAUUCAACAACAACAAGGGCAGCAAGCUGGCGGAACUGCAGUCGUCGCUCGAGAAGCUGAAGAAGGCGUUGAGUAAGACUAACGCCGCUAUCAAGCCUUUGCAAUCGGAGGUGCGAGCAGCUAUGGUGGAGUCCGAGCAGUGCGGCAGCGAUCUUGCUGCAGCGCAGGAGCAGCUCGAAGAUGUCCAGACAACGCUCAAGACGCAACAAGAGGAGAUCGAUGAGCUUCUUGCGGAACAGAAGCAGGCGCAGGAUGCACACGAUAUCGCACAGGCCCAACUAGCAGAUGAGCAGGCGAAGCUGACUGGGUUUGACGAGGAGCUCAGAUCACUCGAAGACACAAUCCGCGCAAAGAACUCAUCGAUCACAGAAGGUGGUCUAGAGCAGCAAAAACUCGCACACGAGAUUGAGAAGUUCCAUAAAGAGUCUGAAGGCGCAGCAGGCCACAUCGCAGCGCUAGAAAAGGAGCACGACUUCAUCGCCAGCGACGCGGAACUGUUUGGCCGUGCCGGGACCGUCUACGACUUCCACGGCAUCAACAUGGCCGACUGCAAGCCCAAGCGCAAAGCCCUUGAAGAGCGCUUUCAGCAGCGCAAGAAUAAGAUCAACCCCAAAGUUAUGGCUAUGAUUGACAACGUCGAGAAGAAGGAAGCAAGUCUCAAGAACAAUAUGGCGACUGUCAUCAAGGACAAGAAGAAGAUUGAGGAUACGAUCCUUAAGCUUGAUGAGUACAAGAAGGAGGCCCUGCACAAGACUUGGACCAAGGUCAACGGCGACUUUGGUUCGAUCUUCAACGAGAUCCUGCCAGGCAGCUUUGCGAAAUUGGUUCCACCCGAGGGUAAGACGAUCGCCGAUGGUCUGGAGGUCAAGGUCAUGCUGGGUAAGGUCUGGAAGCAGUCUCUGACCGAGCUGUCCGGUGGUCAACGAUCUCUGAUCGCCCUCUCGCUUAUCAUGGCGUUGCUGCAGUUCAAGCCGGCGCCCAUGUACAUCCUGGACGAGGUCGACGCCGCGCUCGACAUAUCGCAUACACAGAACAUUGGUCAUUUGAUCAAGACAAGAUUCAAAGGCUCACAAUUUAUUGUUGUCAGUCUAAAGGACGGCAUGUUCCAGAACGCAAACCGUCUCUUCAGAACACGGUUUGUGGACGGAACAAGUACUGUACAGGCGACGAGUGCUGCGGAUGUGAGGUAGCCUGCAGACUGUUUUGACGAUGUAUGAUGUGUCACGAAGCGUGGGUUCGGGAUACCCGGUGCAUAUAGGCUGGUUUGGACGGUUUCACUUUGCAUAGCUUGGCGUUCGCGGCUUGUAUUCGG